AUGAACAAUAAGAAGAUGGGCUCGAUUGUGUUGCGUUCGCUGUCGAUCCUGCUGGGUUUGUUCUUCAUUUUCGUAGGGCUCAUCAAAGUGUCCAAUGUGCUGUCGAAAGAGCUGCAUAAAGAUCUGAGGAAAGAAUAUGUGAAAUAUGCCAAAGUAUUUCCAUUGUCGGAAAUGUUCGACUUCAAGAUCCCAUCUAAAUGGUAUAGGAGGACAGUCGGCAGUCUAGAGAUGAUUUGUGGGGCAGCAAUGGCUUUCAUUCCAAAUCACAAAAUAAAGAACGCCUCGAACAUCGUCCUGCUGCUCCUCACCCUGAUGGCCGUCUAUUCGCACUACAUGGUGGCCGACAAACUGGAAAGAACGGCGCCGGCUCUGGUCUUCCUUUUCAUGUUGAGCGGCCGCCUGGUCGUCUACUAUCAGCUGCAGAGGAAAGAAGAAGAAUCUGGCGAGCCCACAGCCAACGGCAUCAAACAGGAUUAG